AUGGACGCGCCGCCCCAGGGCUACCGCACCAACAUCGGCAUCUGCCUCGCCGACCCAUCCCUCACCAAAGCAAGCACGCCCCCUCCCUCCCUUGAGCCCGAUCCUGCUCCUCCCCGGUCUUCGCCGCGCCUGCGCUGGAUAUUGUAUUGUCGGGCUCCUAACUGGUUAACAUAUGAUUUCCCACCGGAUGUGAGAGACAAGCUGAAUGCUAGGUGGGGAACCGAUUGGAAAGGCCAAGCUCAAAAAUGGUAA